CUGGGGACAGUUCGAACCCCUCCCGAGCCAUGCGCUGGGGUUGGUGCUUGGAGGCUCCGUCCCUGCCCCUGAGGCUCCCGGGACGGCGGGGGGGGCGAGCUCCUCCCCCGCGGGACCCGCUCGACGGCGGCGCCGCCCUAUCCGCCCGUUCUUCCUUCCUUCUGCUGCCGGGUUGGGCCCGGGGUUAGUCCCUGAUUUAGCCCCGCAGGCCCCGCGCUCCCGCCUGCCCCGGACCCCACACGCAGUGGCUCCGGCUCCAUCCUCGUUCUGCGGGCCGGCAGUGCGCGGGGGAACCGGGGGCCGGGGCCACUGAUGCCCGUCCGCUCGCCGCGGCAGGGCGAGUGUCGGAGGGACCCGCUCGGGCCCGCAGGAUGUCCCAGCCGCCCUCCAUCACCCUCCACGUCCUCGAGGGCACCGAGAGCGAUGGCCAGGAGCCAAGCCCGGACAACGAGAGAGCCCUGCACACCUCCUUCCACCAGCUUAUCCUGGAGCAGAGCAGCUUGAUCGAGGCAGAUCUGGAGCUCGAGAUGGAGAAGAGGAACAGAGAGUCCCCGGCUCCCCCAGACGCCUGUGCUGCAGCCUGGGCAGAGCCAGGGCAGUGCCCUGGCUACUCCUCCACCUCCCUGCAGAUCCUGGCCAGCAUGCCCAGCCGCACCAUUGGACGCAGCCUCGGGGCCGUCAUCUCCCAGUACUGCAACCGUACGGCCCGGCUGCGGCGCCGGAGCAGCCGCCCACCCCUGCAGCAGCUGUCCCGUGCGGCGCGGCCCAGCCUGCGGCAGUACGACCUGGACACCGACCCCGCCAGCACCACACUGGAAGACAAGCGGAGCCUGCUGGUGAAGGAGCUGCUGAGCCUCUCGCCCUACCAGCGCAGCCAGAUGCUGCUCACUUUGCCCAUCAGCCUGGCAGAGAAACGCACCCUCCGGCGGCAGGUCAACAGGCAGAGGGGCAUCCUGAGGCAGCGUGCCCAGCACUGGGCCCCCUCCUCGCCCUGUGGGUGGUCCAUCGUCUACAUCAGCCUCGGCUGCCGAGGUCUCUGGUACAGGCUCCUCUCCCUGCUCCGCACUGCACAGCCUUGGCACUACACCUUGAAGCAAAUCAGUGGCCGCUUUGGUUCCAGUGUCCUCUCCUACUUCCUUUUCCUCAAGACGCUCCUCAUGUUCAACUUCUUCUCAUUUCUCAUCCUCCUGGUCUUUGUGGUGGCCCUGCAGGCUGUAUACCCCCCUACCUCGGCUAGCCCCCCGCCCUUCACCGGCCUCGAGCUCCUCACAGGAGCGGGUUACUUCACGCACUCACUGCUGUACUAUGGCUACUACAGCAACAUCACCCUCAAUGAGCCCUGCACCCCUGGCCCCAAGGGCAGCACGUGCCCCCCCACAGCCCCCUCAUUCCCGUACAACAUGCCACUGGCCUACCUGUUCAGCGUUGGAGUCACCUUCCUCGUCACCUGCAUCCUGCUGAUGUACUGCGUGUUCUGCUCUUUUCGGGAGAGCGUGGGAAGCUCCAUGGGGGACCUGGCCAUUAAAGUCUUCUGUGCCUGGGACUUCAAGGUGAUCCAAAGGCGUUCAGUGAAACUGCGGUGUGAGAACUUCUGCACCCAGCUGAAGGAGCUGCUGGCAGAGCAGCGCUCCCGCUCCCACUCCCAGAGCCUCUACCAGCGCCUGAGGCACUGCAUCGUGGUGCUUCUGGCCUGGACCCUGACACUGGGCUCAGUGCUGGGCUGCACGCUGGCUGUGCACCACUUCUCUAAGUACAUGCAUGUGGUUCAGCAGGAGCAGCAAGUGCAGGGCAGUGGCAGGUGGCAGCAGGAAGCCAUCCUGCUGGUCCUGCCCUUUGUGGUGUCCCUCCUCAAUGCGCUGAUGCCCCACCUGUACAACUUGCUGGCAGUGUGGGAGAAGCAGGACUCCCCUGUGACACAGGUCUACGUGGCGAUCUUCAGGAACCUGAUUCUGAAGAUGGUGGUCCUCAGCCUGCUGUGUUUCCAGUGGCUCAGCCGGAGCGUUGUCUGCUCAACAGAGGAGUGCUGGGAGACAUGUGUGGGGCAGGACCUUUAUCGCUUUGUGGUGAUGGAUUUCAUAUUCACCUUGCUGGACACGCUCUUUGGGGAGCUGGUGUGGAGGCUGAUCCUGGAGAAGAGGCUGAGGCAGAGGCCCGAGUUUGACAUUGCCCGAAAUGUGCUGGAGCUGAUCUAUGGGCAGACCCUGACCUGGCUGGGCAUUCUCUUCGUUCCGCUCCUGCCGGCUGUGCAGAUGCUGAAGCUGCUGCUGCUGUUCUAUAUCAAAAAGACCAGCCUGAUGCGGAACUGCCAGUCCCCCAGCAAGCCCUGGCAAGCAUCGCACAUGAGCACCAUUUUCAUCACCCUGCUGUGCUUCCCCUUCUUCCUGGGUGCAACCGUCUUCCUCUCCUACACCAUCUGGUCGGUACAGCCAUCAGAAACGUGCGGACCCUUCCGGGGGCUGGAAACCGUCUACAAAUCAGGGAAGAGCUGGGUGCUAGUGCUGCAGAAGUCCAACCCCAGCAUCACGUGGUUCACCUGGGUCCACCAGCACCUGGUGGAGAACACCUUCCUCCUGUUCUUCACGUCUGUGGCCUUGCUAGCUGUGAUCUACUUCUACAUCCAAGUGGUGAGAGGCCAGCAGAGGGUCAUCUGCCUGCUCAGGGAGCAGAUCGCCAAGGAAGGGGAAGAUAAGGUAUUUCUCAUACAGAAGCUUCACUCUGUUUAUGAGCAGCGAGAGAGACGUGCCUGAGGCCCAGGGCACAGCUCCAUGUGGGGCUGCCUCACCAGCACAGCCCUGCUCUGGGGGUGGUCACUGCUUGCAGAGAACAGCUCUCCAGCUCUCCUCCCUGCCAGCACACCAGCCCCAUGGAGAAUGGCCCUGGGCUGUUCUCAGAAUCCUUUGGAGAUGGCUUUCUGGAUGGAGAAACCUGCAGUCUAUUUCACAUUGCCCAGGGGCAGCAAGGAUGGAGCUGGGAGCUGCCAGGCACUGACCCAGCUCCAGCCCUGUGCCUGGCUCACUAGGAGAGCAGCUGUUUGAUCCCAGUCCCAUGAGCAAGGCCUCCAGGCCACCCCAGCAGCCCUACACACACUGCACCAGCUGGCAAGAUGGACUCAGAAGAAACACCGUGGUGCUGAGUGCUGGGCUGGGCAGGGACCCUGCGGGCUCAGGCUGACCUGGCCCAUUAAAGUGCUGCUG